AUGGCUUCACCGGAGGGAGAUCAUCCCACUACAAGAGACGACACUGAGAUGGAAACCGAUACCCCGCAACCAGCUGCCCCACGCUGGAGACGGCUCUUUGGGGGAAAGCCCAAGGAGACAACCAGCUCCAGUGGAGAUCCAAAUUACCGUGCGAGAGCGACGCUGGGGAUUCUCAGUGAUAAGGAGACUGAUGAAGUACCUGGAACGGUGCUGCUUCUAUCGUCAAAUAGAAAUGAGCCUCUCGGAAUGAGCCAUCAACCACACCGGACAUCGACAUCGUCUUUUUCCUCGUCAUACCGUCCAUCGCGAUCGAACUCUCGAACACGUGUGCCUGUGCAGAAGAGGACGGCUGAUGGUCAGUUUGUGCUUGAUCCGCAGCCGGAUGAUUCCGCGAACGAUCCGUUGAAUUGGCCGGUCUGGCAGAGAGACACUGCGCUAGUCUCGCUGGGAUUCUACUGCCUCAUGGGUGGUGGUAUGACCCCGAUUCUAGCAGCUGGAUUUACCGAUGUUUCAAAAACAUACAAUGUCAGUACACAGCAAGUUGCCUUUACCACUGGCUUUUACAUGCUUGGUCUGGGUCUGGGAUCUUGUGUCAUGUCGCCCACGGCGAUCCUGUACGGCAAACGACCCAUUUAUCUUCUGGGUGCUUCGCUCUUCGUCAUUUCGGCCAUCUGGUGUGCUGCAUCGCCCAACUAUCCUAGUCUGGUGGUCGCCCGCAUUUUCCAAGGAUUUGCAGUCAGCCCGGUCGAGUGUCUUCCAUCGGCCACUAUCGCAGAAAUCUACUUCCUCCACGAAAGAGCUUAUCGUGUGGGAAUUUACACCCUUCUCUUACUCGGCGGCAAGAAUCUCAUUCCUCUCGUGAGUGCCGCCAUCAUCGAAAGUCUGAGCUGGCGCUGGGUUUUCUGGAUUGUCGCAAUCAUCGUGGGCGCAUGUCUGGUGUUGCUAUUUUUCUUUGUCCCAGAAACGUUCUGGGACCGUACUCCUCGGCCUCGUGUGCACAAACCCAAACGACCACGCAUUCCUGGCCGCAGUGUUUCCGAUAUUGUUUCCCAUGGCUUCCGCGGGCGGCAUCCGCACGUCCAAGUCCCGGACGAACCUGCUGAAAAAGACCGCCAAGAUCCGACCUUAGCCCCGAAAAGACCCAAGAAUGCGCAUGUCGGAUUUGUUGAUGACGAGGGAGAGGAUGGGAUCUCUGAAAUCAAUGCCGAGAAACCAAACUUGGCCGAAGGUGGCCAGAUCAACCCUCGACCUCUUAGCACAGUCAAUGAGAAAGAUGAUGGUCUAAUCCAGCCACCGCCCCACGCUCUUGUGCCUGAUGCGCAUCCAGCUGACUUAGAGGCGGCGCGCUCAGCCGCCGUCUCGCCGGCGAGAACCGAAUCACAAGAGCCCAGCGGAACACCAUUGACGGCCACACUACAAUACACAAACCGUCUCCGCGAGCGCCCAAAGAUUCCAUAUUCACAGCUCCUGGGCAUAUGGAAUGGAAGAAUUGCACAGGACAGCUGGCUACGAGUUGCCGCGCGUCCAUUUGUACUCUUCGCCUAUCCAUCUGUGCUCUGGUCAACAGUGGUUUAUGCCUUGUCAGUAGGUUGGCUGAUCGUGCUGUCGGAAUCAGUCGCGCAUAUCUUCGAAGGUAAAGCACACUAUAACUUUACCGCCCUCCAAACCGGUCUGAUUUACAUAUCCCCCUUUGUUGGCGGUUUGCUGGGGACCGCUGUGGCGGGCAAAGUGUCCGAUGUUAUCGCUCAGUAUCUGACAAAGCGCAACGGCGGUAUCUAUGAGCCUGAAUUCCGGCUUGUUAUGGCAAUCCCUAUCGCCCUGUCGACUGUCAUCGGCUUGAUGGCGUUUGGAUGGAGUGCUGAGCUUGGGGAUCAUUGGAUCGUGCCUACCAUUUUCUUUGGUAUGAUUUCAUUCGGCUGCUGCUUAGGCAGCACGACGGCCAUUACUUUUUGUGUGGACAGCUAUCGCCAGUAUGCUGGCGAGGCAUUAGUCACUCUCAACUUCAGCAAGAAUGUUCUCCAUGGCCUGAUCUUCUCACUGUUCAUUGUCGAUUGGCUUGAGGCUGAUGGUUCACGAACCGUCUUCCUUGCUAUUGGUGGUAUUCAAUUAUUUUUCAUGCUCAUGUCAAUACCCAUGUAUAUUUACGGCAAACGAGCUCGCAUGUGGACUGUUCGCAAGGGAUUGAUGGAGCGGCUUUGA